AAAAAAAAAAAGCCCAAGACCAUGAAGAUUAGAACUGCAAGAGAAAGAAUAGAAGGGUAUGUGGGGACAGUGUCACUGAGGAAGCUGAGCAAAUGUAUGGGACAGAAACAACUUGGUAAAGCUUCUUCCCUGUAGGUUGUGGUUUCCAGAAGAUAACAGAUUCUGGCAAUAGGAGAAAAACUAAGAGUAAUGGGUCCUGCUUUAAGAAAUAUUAAAUCAACCAGUGUCACAGACUGUUGACCAUAAGGACAGAAUUGGGGAACAAAGCACACAAGCACGUGAAACUGGUGGGAAAGAUGCAGCACAACCAAGCCUAGGAAGCUGUUUCCCCUGCUAUGAUGCCAGGGCAGAUCCCCGACCCGUCUCUGACGGCUGGCGCGCUGCCUGGGCUCGGCCCCUUGACAGGACUGCCCGGCACAGCCCUGACCGCCGAGGAGCUGAAGUGCGCCGACAUCCGCAACAUCGGGGCCAUGAUCUCGCCACUCCAGUUCCUGGAGGUGAAGCUUGGGAAGAGACCUCAGCCUGUCAAAAGUGAGCUGGAUGAGGAAGAAGAGAGGAGGAAAAGGCGCCGAGAGAAAAACAAAGUAGCAGCAGCACGAUGUCGUAACAAGAAGAAGGAGAGGACGGAGUUCCUGCAGCGGGAGUCUGAGCGUCUAGAGCUCAUGAAUGCUGAGCUGAAGGCCCAGAUAGAAGAGCUGAAACAGGAGAGGCAGCAGCUCAUCCUGAUGCUGAACCGGCACCGUCCCACCUGCAUCGUGCGGACAGACAGCAUCAAGACGCCUGAGAGUGAAGCCAACCCACUGCUGGAGCAGCUAGAGAAGAAGUGAAGGUGGCACAGGGCCAGGAGGAGGAGACAGUGGCACAGGGUCUUCCAGGGUCUCUAAUGUAUGUACUGUAUGAAGAACUGCACACCCAGGCCUGGUGCAGCCAGGACCCAGUGGGCUUCCUUGGGAACUAUGGACUAAACAUGGGAACAGAGAAGAUCAGGAACCUGCCAACCAUGUACUCUGAGGCUGAAUCUGGGAGCAGGGCUGGUGGUACCAGUGAGAGCAACCUCCCUGUGAUACCUCACCACAGCCCUUCAGCCUGCUCUGAGCCCUGGGACCCAUAGAGCCACAGCAUGUCCUUGCAGGACCACACAGCCCGUGGGAAGCAGGGCUGCAGGCUGAGGCGUGGCAGCUCUGCAGUGCCCACCAGCACCCUGCCCAGAAGCUGCUGCUGCUCCUGGCACAUGCUCCAGAGGGAAACCCAAAUCUAAGAACCACAAACACUUGAUGCAGCCCCAUCUGGUGGGCAGGCCUGUCGGGGCUCGGUGGCGCAGGCGCCCCCCACAAGCACACUCAGUAUAAUGUUUACAGCCCAGCUGUCCGUGUCGGCCGUGCUUUUGAAUGCACAUUUUUACACUUUUUUAAAAAUAUUUUUUACAAAGUUUUUAUACAGUGAUCUCUAUAUGGAUUUAUAUAAUCACUAGAUGUGAUCCCAUAGAAAUGUAUGUUAUAAUGGUCUGUUUGUUACAAACACAUAUGCCACAGUUAUCUCCAUUGUGUUACUUGUCUGGUAGCAUCCAGCUCCUUUCCUGGCAUGCUGGGAAGGGGGUCCAAGCUGCCCUCUGCAGUGGUGUCGCUACCCUCUCCAUCCAUGUAUGUCCUUCAUAAUACUCAGUUCUGUAUCUCUCAGUAAAUGUUACUUUUGCGUA